CUUUGAAAUGCAGCAACAGCUGGGCAGACUUGUGCUACAUUUCAAAGCAGAAGGGCCCUUAUAAACUAAUUGAAUAGUAAAUGGAAAUUCCAUUGGCUGUUUGAUUAGUUGAUUAAUCUAAUUACAACAUCCCGCCUUCCAACCAGCUUCUUACAGUCACUUUGUUGUAGACCCCUAUAAUCUGUUUUUUGGUUUGUUGAUGAGUUUAUGAAUUGCUUUAUAAAGUGCAGUAAAGUAAGUGAAAGAGUCCAAAAUCCUUUUUAUUGUUCACUACAACUAUUGUAAAAGUUGAUUCUUUUUUUAAGGUAGUAUGCUUUGAUUCUAAUAAUUAAUUUAGAGGGAAGCAGUAUUCCUUGACAAAUAAUUAACAUCAAGAACUUAGAAGAAAACUGAAGAUUCUGACACGACCAAGUGGACUUUCAGUGGACAAUUCUAAGUUAGAUGGACCUUUGUUACAGAUUUUAUUUAUGAACAAUGUUAUUUCAAAGCAGUAUCAUCAAGAAAUUGAGGAUUUUAUUUCUAGUUUAGUUCAAAAAUAUGAGGAACAACAGAGAGCUGAAUCAGAAAGGACUCACUUCAAUGUUAAGCCUCAGCCAUCCAGUAUUCUGUUGGAAGAGGACCAUAAAGUGGCCAGCUCUAAUACAAUAAAAAAAAUUAAGGAAGCUUUCAGUGUUGUAGGAAGUGUUCUGUAUUUUACCAAUUUUUGUCUUGAUAAACUGGGACAACCUAUAUUAAAUGAAAAUCCACAGCUGACAGAAGGAUGGGAAAUACCCAAAUACCAGCAAGUUUUCAGCCAAAUUGUUUCUAUGGAUGGGCAAGAAAUACAAGUAAAGGCAAAAAGGCCAAAACCUCAUUGUUUCAAUUGUGGUUCUGAAGACCAUCAAAUGAAAGAUUGUCCAAAGCCACGGAAUGCUACCCUUAUAAGUGAGAGAAGAAGAGAGUUCAUGGAAGCCUGUGGUGAAGCAAGUAACCAGAACUUUCAGCAGCGUUAUCAUGCAGAGGAAGUAGAAGAGAGGUUUGGAAAGUUUAAACCAGGAAUAAUAAGUGAAGAACUUCAAGAUGCACUUGGUGUAACAGAUAAGAGUCUUCCUCCAUUUAUAUAUCGCAUGCGCCAGCUGGGUUACCCUCCAGGUUGGCUCAAAGAGGCUGAACUGGAGGAUUCAGGACUUGCACUUUAUGAUGGAAAAGAUGCUAUUGGUGGUGAAACAGAGGAUGAAAGAUCAUAUCAACAAAACAAAUGUGUCACUUAUGAUGUCUCUAAGUUAAUAAACUAUCCAGGCUUUAAUAUGUCUACUCCAAGUGGGAUCUCAGAUGAAUGGAGGAUAUUUGGUUCCAUACCCAUGCAGCCAUCUCAUCAGAAGGAUGUUUUUGCUAGCUACCUUUCUAAUUUUCAGGCGCCAAGUCCAAAAUCUAUCAAUAAAAGGUCUGCAUAUGAGUCAAGUUCUCACAAUUCAAAGAAGCUAAAAGGAGACAAUUCUGCUGUAUCAAUAACUGAUAUGGACAUGGAUUCUGAUUUGGAUAUGCCUCAUAGCUCUCUAGCCUGUGACAGUUUUCAGUUCCAACCUCCGCUUCCACCUGGAUCUCCAUUAAUUGCAACUCCACCCCCAUUGCCUCGAGGAACUCCUCCAUGUACUCCACCAAACUUUGCAUCCCCUCAGCCUCCAGCACCAACUGCCUCUCUUCGCAGGAGUACUCCUGCAUCAACUCCUUCCAGUGAUUCUGCUCAGCCAAGAGUGGGGGAUUCAGCCAUGGAUGAAGAUACUUUAACCUUAGAAGAGCUUGAGGAGCAGCAGCGAUUGAUUUGGGCUGCACUUGAGCAAGCAGACAGUACAAACAGUGACUCUGAUAUACCUGCUGAUACACCUUUAACUGGAAACUCGGUUACAUCAUCACCAUCUAGAACUGAACCGGACGUUAUUCCAGAAAGAAGAACAUCUGAGAAGCUGGCUGGAAUGAAAAUUGGGGUUUCAGAAACUAGCGUGCAGUUAUCCAGAACUGAGCAUUCCAAAAGUGGCACUAAUUCAGGGGAUGUGUUGCUUGAUCUAAAGGAAGAUGGCACUGAUCAUGUGGAUUCUGAAGGCAUGCUGGAGAACAGUAUUACAGGCUCAAAAUGUGAUGUUAACAAUGGAGGAAAUGAAGAUAUUACUCAUGUGCUCACCAGUGCUGAAUCAUCUACAAAAAUUUCAAAUCCUGGGAUGGGAAUGGAAGAUAAAUUUGUGGAUAUUAAGACAAAAGGAAAGAAAGAUAAAUGCAGCAAACAGUGA